GCCCCUGCUGUCGCCGCAGUGUCCUCAGCCUGGGCGGGCUGUGUGGAAGUGGACUCGGAGACCGAGGCCGUGUAUGGCAUGACCUUCAAAAUUCUGUGCAUCUCCUGCAAGCGCCGCAGCGAGACCACCGCCGAGACCUUCACAGAGUGGACCUUCCGUCAGAAGGGCACCGAGGAGUUCGUGAAGAUCCUGCGCUAUGAGAACGAGGUGCUACAGCUGGAGGAGGAUGAGCGCUUUGAGGGCCGUGUGGUAUGGAAUGGCAGCCGGGGCACCAAGGACCUGCAGGACCUGUCUAUCUUCAUCACCAAUGUCACCUACAACCAUUCGGGUGACUACGAGUGCCACGUGUACCGCCUGCUCUUUUUCGAGAACUAUGAGCACAACACCAGCGUCGUCAAAAAGAUCCACCUUGAGGUAGUGGACAAAGCCAACAGAGACAUGGCGUCCAUCGUGUCUGAGAUCAUGAUGUACGUGCUCAUCGUGGUGUUGACCAUAUGGCUCGUGGCCGAGAUGAUUUACUGCUACAAGAAGAUCGCCGCUGCCACAGAGGCUGCUGCACAAGAAAAUGCCUCGGAAUACCUGGCCAUCACCUCAGAAAGCAAAGAAAAUUGUACGGGUGUCCAGGUGGCCGAAUAGCCUCGGCUCUGGGCUCCGCCUCAAGGAAGAGCCAGCCCUAAUGGGGAACAUCCAGGCACAGCCUGCCCCCGGGGGGGUUGGCCAUUCCUGGGCCCCCACAGCCUCAGAGUCCUGCCAGCGGAGCCGCCGGGGUGGGAGAGGGCAGGGGGCUUGGCUCGCACUCCUAAUCCAGCCUUCUUUCUCCUGCCCUAUUGCCCACCCUUGCUAUGCAUGAUGGGUAAAGCAAUACUGCCGCUGCCCCAUCCCUGCUUCUGCUGCCUGUUUGGGAGGGGGUACGGUGAGGUAGGGCAGCGGCUCCGCACCCCUCCUUCUUGCUGAUUUGCACACACUGGCCGCUUCAGACACGCACUAUUGGGGCCCAGCCUUUCCCUGCCCAGCAGGGGUUGUGAUAGGCCGGAACAGUUUGGGGCAGGGGGUUCUGGGGCCCACUCCAACCCUCAGCGACAUUUCCCCUCCUGCUUCCUCUGGCUGGACCUGGGGUCCCCUCUCCUGUGAUGCACUCUUGCCCGGCCCAACCCCACCCUCUCUCACCAGCCUUGGAUUGUGGCCACUUAGAAAGGGGCCCAUUCAGCCUCGUCUCUCUCUUUACAUGAGUAGUUUUGUUCAUGAAAUAAAGAUUCUUGGACUUGA